CGGAAAUUCCUCAGGAAAUUCCGAGGAUUUCAUUUUCCGUCGGAAUGUCCGUCAGAAUACCGAUGUUUUCUUGUAGUGUGCUUCAGAACUAGUCAAGAGUUACCAUAAGAGCACUGUCUCGGCCAGAAGUGCUAUUCUGAUUGACAUAUCAAAGGCUUUUGACACAGUACAGUGGCCAUUUCUGCUAUCCACUCUUGCAGCGUUGGGCAUUCCGGAAAAAUUUAUUUUAUGGGUUGAAAAAUGUGUUUCUUUGGCCUCUUUCUCGGUGCAAGUCAAUGGAGAGCUUGCCGGAUAUUUUAAUAGCAAAAGGGGAAUCAGACAAGGUUGUUCUUUGUCACCAUACCUGUUUGUUAUUUGUGUGCAAGUGUUGUCGAAAAUGCUUAACAAAGGUGCUGCAGAAAAGAGAUUUGGAUACCAUCCUUACUGCCAAGGACUUAAGCUUACACAUCUCAGCUUUGCAGACGAUUUGCUAGUCUUUACUGAUGGGAAGCGCCAAUCCAUUGAAGGUAUAUAAAUAUUUUCAACCAUUUUGCUGAGAUGUCGGGUCUACAUAUCAGCAUGGAAAAGACAACAAUCUUUCUCGCUGGUGUACAAGAUACUGAGAAGCAAGAGCUCCUUGACACUUUUGCUUUCGCCCACGGUGACUUACCAGUGAGAUACCUCGGGUUGCCGCUGUUAACUAAACAAAUGACUGUAAGAGAUUAUGCUCCUUUGAUUGAGAAGAUCAGAGCUCGUAUUGGUUCCUGGACAGCCAGAUUUUUGUCUUUCGCCGGUAGACUGCAGCUGAUUGGAUCUGUUAUUCACAGUCUCACAAACUUUUGGAUAUCAGCAUUCAAAUUGCCAUGAAAGUGUAUUCAAGAGAUUGACAGUCUCUGCGCAGCGUUUCUGUGAUCGGGAGCUGAUCUGAAUACAAAUAAAGCAAAAGUUAGUUGGAAGGAUUGCUGUAGGCCAAAAGAAGAAGGAGGCUUGGGACUGCGGUCUCUUGAGGAAGCAAACCAGGUCUCUUGUCUGAAGUUGGUAUGGCGUAUCCUAUCUUCAAAAAAUUCUCUUUGGGUGAAAUGGGUGAGACGUUAUCUAAUCCGCAAGGGAUCUUUCUGGACAGUAAAAGAUAUUAGUUCUCUUGGCUCGUGGAUGUGGAAGAAGCUACUCAAGUGCAGAGAAGUAGCUGCUGUAUUUUCGAAGAUGAAAGUUCAGAAUGGCAUGUCAACGUCUUUCUGGUUUGAUGACUGGUCAGAACUAGGAUGUCUAAUGGAUAAAACAGGAGCUGGUGGACCUAUGAAUAUGAGUAUACGACUCCAUGAUACAGUUGAUACAGUAAUCCAAAAGCACAAGAGAAGAAGACACCGAGUGGAGCUUUAUAAUCUCAUCGAGCUGGAGAUUUUGAAGGUUAAAAACAGAGGGUUGCAGAGUGAAGAGGAUAUCAGACUAUGGAAGUGUGGUGAUGAUUAUAAACCGAGCUUUACUACCAAAGAAACUUGGAAGCUCUUGCGAGGGAUGCAGGAACGGGUUGACUGGUUCGAAGGUGUGUGGUUUCGCUACAGCACUCCAAGGUUCUCCUUCCACACAUGGGUCGCAAUCCUGGAUAGACUGCCUACUGGAGAUCGCAUAUCGCUAUGGAAUGGUGGCAUUGCGGUUAUGUGUCCGCUGUGCAAGGACUGUCCUGAGACAAAAAACCAACUGUUUUUUCAGUGUAAAUACUCGGGGGAGGUGUGGCCGAGCCUCACCAGAAAGCUUUUGAGGAUAGAUUAUACCAAUGUGUGGGAUGACAUUAUACCCCUUCUCACUAAAAGGCGAACCAAACUGGAGCUGUUCUUGUUUCGAUAUGUUUUCCAAGCCACUCUAUGUGCAGUUUGGGCAGAACGGAAUGGUAGGAGGUUUGGAGAGGACCCAAAGGCUGCGUCAGGGCUUACAAAAAUCAUCGACAAACAAGUUCGAAAUCGUAUCUCAAGCAUCAGACAUAGCCACAACUCAGCUUAUCAUGGAGCCAUGGGAACUUGGUUCUCCUUUAGAUGAUCCUACUUUCUAAUGUAAAGCAAAGUUUCAAUUUCUUUUGAGCUUAAAACAAGCAACCUUGGUUGUAAACAGUAUUUUUUGUUUGAAUGAAUUUAACAUUCUUUCAAAAAAAAAAAGAAAUAUCAAUCCGACCUUUGAAUUGCAAGACAGUAACAUAAAUAAGAUCGUCAUUAAAUUUCAGCUCCAUCGGAAUACUUUUGGAUCCUCAUACGUUUCCUUGAAUACCUCAUCUCAUAACUGAUUUCUCUUUCUUUUGCAUCAAAAUCUGCCCUAGA